UCUCUCUCUCUCUCUCUCUCUUUCUUUGUUGUAUAAAAUCCAGUUGCAUAUUUAUAAGCUGCUAAUUUAAUUUUGAGCUAAAAUGGUACACAACCAAGCAGAUGCAUCAAGAAUCCAAGAGAUGGAUUCAGGAGAAAAGCGCCUUAAUGAGCUUGGUUACAAGCAAGAACUCAGAAGAGAGAUGACUCUGUUCAAAACUCUUGCAAUAUCAUUCUCCACGAUGACACUUUUCACUGGAAUUACUCCCUUGUAUGGUUCAAGCCUUGCAUAUGCAGGUCCUGCAAGCCUUGUGUGGGGAUGGGUGGUGGUAUCAUUUUUCACCUGGUUUGUAGGAAUUGCCAUGGCAGAGAUCUGCUCCUCUUUCCCGACUACAGGUUCUCUUUACUUCUGGGCUGCCCAUUUAGCUGGCCCCAAAUGGGGUCCAUUGGCAUCAUGGUGCUGUGCUUGGCUUGAGAGCAUAGGGCUCAUUGCCGGCAUCGGUACUCAGGCGUAUGCAGGAUCACAAACACUGCAAAGUAUCAUUUUAUUGUGCACUGGAACAAAUAAGGAUGGAGGCUAUCUUGCACCAAAAUGGUUGUUCUUAUGCAUGUACAUUGGCCUCACUCUUAUAUGGGCAAUUCUCAACACAUUUGCUCUAGAAGUAAUUGCGUUUAUUGACAUAAUAUCAAUAUGGUGGCAGGUCAUUGGGGGGACGGUUAUUGUGAUAAUGCUUCCCCUUGUAGCACUGACUACACAGUCUGCAUCAUAUGUGUUCACAAAUUUCAACGUGGCCCCUGAGAGAACUGGGAUAUCAAGCAAGCCUUAUGCAGUGAUUCUAUCAUUUCUUGUUAGUCAGUAUUCAUUAUAUGGAUAUGAUGCUGCAGCACAUCUGACAGAAGAAACCAAAGGUGCAGACAAGAAUGGUCCUAUUGCUAUUCUAUCUAGCAUUGGUAUCAUAUCGGUGUUUGGGUGGGCAUACAUCUUGGCCCUUACUUUCAGCAUUCAGGAUUUUAGCUACCUAUAUGAUCCGACCAAUGAGACUGCUGGGACGUUUGUGCCAGCUCAAAUACUCUACGAUGCUUUUCAUGGGAGGUACAAUAGUUCCGCUGGAGCAAUCAUUUUACUGUUCAUCAUUUGGGGUUCAUUCUUCUUUGGCGGGCUUUCAAUUACUACUAGUGCUGCCAGAGUGGUAUAUGCUCUAUCAAGAGACAAAGGGAUUCCAUUUUCAUCGGUAUGGCAAAAAUUGCACCCAAAACACAAAGUUCCUUCCAAUGCAGUUUGGCUCUGUGCUGCCAUCAGCAUUCUCCUUGGACUUCCAAUCCUGAAAGUUAAUGUAGUCUUCACUGCAAUAACUUCCAUAUGCACAAUUGGAUGGGUAGGAGGAUAUGCAGUUCCAAUCUUUGCAAGAAUGGUAAUGGCCGAGAAGAACUUCAAACCUGGGCCAUUUUAUUUGGGGAAAGCAAGAAGGCCAAUUUGCUUUGUUGCCUUCAUGUGGAUUUGUUAUACCUGUUCAGUCUUCCUCCUUCCCACUUACUACCCAAUUAGUUGGGAUACAUUCAAUUAUGCACCUGUUGCUUUGAGUGUAGGUUUGGGUCUGAUAAUGCUUUGGUGGGUGUUGGAUGCAAGGAAAUGGUUCACAGGACCUGUUAGAAACAUUGAUACUGAUAAUGGAAAGGUAUAAACUUAUUCACAAGUUUGAAUUUCUUUCAUAAGUAGUAGGUUCAAAGCUUCCCUUCGAUGCAGCUCCUAGCAUUUUGUUUUCUUGU